GACAUUACUAGCAUUUGUUUCAGAAGCCCUCAAAGAAGCUUCAUCAAUGGACAUCGCUUCUCUCUCUCUCAUCCUUCUCGUACCCGUCUCUCUCAUCGGCUUUCUCUCUCUAAUCACCCGUCCACGUCCGGUAAAGGUCCCGAUCAAGGGCCGACACGUGUUCAUCACCGGCGGAUCAAGCGGCAUCGGCCUAGCUCUGGCCCACCAAGCCGCAUACGAGGGCGCACGCGUCUCGAUCCUCGCUCGCAACCCCGACAAGCUCGAGGAAGCGAAGCAGUCGAUCCGGCUUGCCACCGGCAUCGACGUCGCCGUCUUCAGCGCCGACGUCCGUGACUUCGACGCCGUCAAGAGAGCGGUGGAAGAGGCCGGGCCUAUCGAUGUAUUGGUUUGCAAUCAAGGAGUGUUUGUGCCCCAAGAAUUGGAGACUCAGGACUUGGAGGAGGUGAAGUUCAUGAUGGAUGUGAAUGUGAUGGGGACUUUUCAUUUGAUCAAAGCGGCAUUGCCUGAGAUGAAAUCUCGACUUAAUAGAGGACCUGCUUCAAUCGCAAUCAUGUCAUCCCAAGCUGGUCAGGUGGGUAUAUAUGGUUAUACAGCUUAUUCAGCUAGUAAGUUUGCCCUCAGGGGCAUGGCAGAAGCAUUACAGCAGGAAGUUAUUGCAGAAGACAUUCACGUCUCACUUAUAUUCCCCCCAGACACUGAAACCCCUGGUUUGGUGGAAGAAAACAAGAGAAGACCACAGCUCACCAGUAUCAUAGCAGCUUCCUCUGGUGCAAUGAAAGCCGAUGAAGUUGCCAAGAAAGCUUUGAAUGGCAUAAAAUCUGGUAGUUUUUUUGUCCCUUGUAACUUUGAAGGACACUUACUGGCGAUAGCAACUGCUGGUCUAUCCCCUCAGAGAUCAUUCCUGAUGGCAUUUGUUGAGGUGGUUGCCGCUGGUGUUGUGCGUGUUGCAGGUUUAUGUUUCCAAUGGAACUGGUAUGGAAGCAUAGAAAAGUGGCAUGCACAAAAGAAAUAGAUCCAGGAAGUUUUUUGGUGCUCAACAAAGGCAUGUGCCCCUCUAGAUGGCGGCUGUCUAUGGCGAUUGCUUUUCCCCCUUAAAUGUAUACUGUCAUGACCGGUUUUAGGAAUUAAAGCUAUUUGAGCAUCACUGUUUUGGGAACUGAAUCUUACUUUCCCCCUCUCAUUGUGUUUCCCGGACUUGAAUUAUUCCAAGUUACUACAUUCUUGAGAUCAUUACCUGGCUUGAUGAAUUGGAGAUGGCACCUCGUUGUUCCUUCCAUCCAUAGAGUGGACUCUAUAUUUUGGCAAAUUGGGUUAGCUGAAAUCAAUUUUCAAAUUAGAAAUUGACCAUUUUCUCUUCAAUAUCUGAUCAGAAAAUUGCUCAGAAAUGUAUAUAAAUUAGUACCGUAAAUUAUGUCCUUAAUGUGCCGAAACGUCAACUAAUAAAGUAAAUAUGUUUCUUCUCUUC